UAUUGCUAACGUUGCGUCAGAGAAAUGAUUAUGUUUUAUCAAACAAACAUUUGAAAAAACAUCGAAAGUUUGUUUCUUUAUGGUUGUUUAAAACGAUCAUUGAGUUAUCAUGCAGAAACUUUAAAAAAAAGAAUAUAUGGUACAAAAAGCAUGUUAUAAAUAAACAGCAAGCUUUUUUAUUUUAAUUUAUUUAUUAAACUCAAGUUAUAAACAAUCCUAUUACUAUGAAAAAAGAAUACAAAGAUCACGAUGAAUUACCAAAAUACCCUUCGAAGAGUCUUUUUAUUACUUAUUUACUAUGGUUUUUUUUUGGUUGGUGUGGUUUACACCACUUUUACUUGAGACGUGACAGUCAAGCUUUUAUUUGGUGGUCAACAUUUGGCGGGUAUUUUUAUUUAGGAUGGGUCAGAGAUAUAUGGCGCAUUCCUUAUUACGUGGAUGAAGCGAAUGGAGAGGAUGUUUUUAUGCAUCAACUAAAACAAAAAAUCUUUGCAAAAAAGCAACCAACUUUUAAUCCCAGUAGGUUUUUAGGAGAAAUACUCGUUGGAGUUUGGUACGGAUACUUGGUGCACUUUGCGAUUCCAGAAAAAACUCCAUCUCUUUUACUUGGGAUAUUAGUUAGCAUCGGGAUAACUGUCGGUGUUUACUUAGUUGGAAACAUUGGAAGAGAAAAAGGUCCUUUCGUAAAACCGUAUAUUGCAGCUCUAGUUUGUUUUGUAUUAUUUAAUAUUAUUCAAGAUGGAGGCCUCAGCUAUUGGUACUGUUCUUUUUUAUCAGCUUUAGUAUUUAACUAUUACCGUUCGUACAAGCAAGACGCCACAAAAAAGACACAUUUAAGUACGCGAAUAUCACGAUUAAGUGGAGGGGCAGCUAUUGUUUUUGCACUUUGGAGCAGUUAUUUCUUUUUUAAUGCAUCAAUUACUUAUGAAAAUGGUGAAAAAAUAUACUUGCGAGAUUCGGUAAAUCACUUUUUUAAAUCUCCAGCAUGGACAGAUUUCAAAUCAACCAUGAGUGACAUAUACAGCAAGUCAAAGAAUAAAACUUGGAAUGAUUUCUACGAAGAACUUGUAAAAGCACUUGAUCCAACUGGAGAAACAAACGCGUAUAAAGUAUUAGGACUUAAAAAUAAAUCAAGUGAGGAAGAAGUGCGUAGAGCGUAUAAAAAACUAGCAGUUAAAUGGCAUCCCGAUAGACAUAGUGACAACACAAAAGAAGAAGCACAGAGAAAUUUUAUAGAAAUACAAAAAGCUUACGAAAUUUUGUCAAAACGAAAAAAAUCUACUAAGUCGAGAGACAGUGAAACAAGAACAGAAUUUUAAACGUUUGGAUAAUUUGUACCCUUUUGAUGUUGUCUCGACCAGUAUUUAUUGCUUUUUUAAGCUUGUAAAAUUUUGAAUGUCGUUUUUUAAAGUAUUCCAUUAUAAAAACAACAAACUUA